AUGAGGUCUGGGGGUGCUGAGCCUGGGGUUGCUGAGUGUGGGGGUGCGGAGCCUGACGGUGCUGGACCUGGAGGUCCUUCGGGUGCUCUGUCCCGGCGGGAGCUACCCUCUCCACAGGAGCUGCGCGAGUGGUUUGCUCGGCGCUGGAGCCAUGCUGCUGUAGCUGGUGGUGCUGCUGGUGCUGGAGUUUCUACUGCUGCUGGGGGUGCUGGAGCCACGGGUCCCGGAGGUGCUCGUACUGGAGGUACUGGAGCUGCUGGGCCUGGUGGAGCUACUGGUGCUGGGGCUACUGGCGGAGCUGGAGUUGGUCGUGCUGCUGGAGUAGGUGCUACUGGAGGUACUGGAGCCGGAGCUACUUCGUCUUUCGGUGGUACUGCUGGAGCUGGAGCUGCUGGAGGUCCUGGAGCUGGAGGUGCUGCUGGAGCCGGUGCUCCUGUGGGUGCUGGAGUUGACGCUGCUGGAGCUGCUGGAGGUGCUGCUGGUGCUGGUGGUACUGCUGGAGUUGGCGCUGACGCUGGGGGUGCUGGUGCUGUACCUGCUGGUUCUGGAGGCGCUGCAUGGCCGCGGCCGUCCUUCGUUCCGCUCCUUGAGCAGGUUCUUGGUCUUCCACCUUCUUCUGGUCCUACUCCCUCCUUAGAGUGUCCACCGCCUGUCCAGUCCGAGUCACAGUUACAGCUGGCCUCCCCUCUGCCUGCUCCUUCUCCCUACGCUGGUCCUACUGGAGGUCUUGCUGAGCGUCGUGAGCCUGAGUCGCGUCGUGCGUCACCUGUUCAUGCUGCUCGCACUAGUCGUCGUGUUCCACGUCAGCGUCCUCCUGCGGUCCGGGGCACGCAUCAGAUGGCACUGCGUCCUUCCACUGUGCCGCAGCGUGUCCCUUUGCCGUCUCCUCCAGAGUCCUCUCUUCCUGCUCUUGCUGACCCGGAGUCUGACUCUCUUCGUGCUGCCAGUCCUACUGUCACGCGUCUCCUGGCCACUGUUCACGGACGUCCUUGA